AUGUCAUCGCAAUCACCUCAUCACCGCUCAUCACAUCAUAACUACCACAACAACAGUCCGACCACAACAUUGAGUGAAGACGAUAGCAAUUCAGAACCCAAUGAUCUCAGAACUUCCCAAAAGAUUCGUCACCACUCUUCGGCCACAUUUCCUGGUUAUCCUUUUUUCUCUCCUCAACACAAUUCUGGUUCAAUACCAUCACAUAACUCACAGCACGGUUCUGGAGGACAGCCAUAUGUGGCCACUAAUGAGUGUCGUCUCAUUGAAUACCGAGGGGCGCGUAUCGCAGCAUUUCUUAGUGCAAAUCGAUCACAAUCUGAAUAUCUCUUAUGUUUACCACAAGCUUUUGAACUCUUUCUCAAGCAUUUGGUUGGAGGUCUUCAUACAGUUUAUACUAAACUUAAACGUUUAGAUAUAGUGCCGAUUGUAUGCAAUGUAGAACAGGUGAGAAUCCUGAGAGGAUUGGGUGCAAUACAGCCCGGAGUCAACAGAUGUAAACUACUGUCAACUCAAGACUUUGACGUACUUUUUAAGGACUGUACGACUGCACGGCCGGGACGUCCACCCAAACGAACAGGCAUUGUAAGCCCAGUGCCCGCAUCUUUACACUCAAACACACAACAUAAUGCUAUGCCAUUCCUGGGCUAUCCAACUGCUAAAAAGCCUCGUUUCUCUGAUGAUACCGAUUAUGGCAGUGAAAAUUUAGACUUAAAGCAACACAAUUCAGUCAGUGCUAACACAAAUGGUAACUCAACCGCUGCCACGGCUGCUGCUAUGUUGGCCGCAAACGGCUAUUCGGCUGCCUUCCCGUUAUUACAACAUUUUACAACCGGCUCAACGCCAACACCACAACAACAACAACAACUUGUGGCCGCAGCUGCAGCUCUGGGACUGCCUGGACUUCCACAUAGAUUUUCCAAUUCAAGUUCCCCUCCGGCUAUAGCAUCACAUCACGGAAACAAUGGUAACUCUACGUCGGACGGCACCAGUGGUGGUGUCGGUUCUGACUUUAAUCCGACGGCCGCUUAUUUAUGGCUUCUGUCACAACAACAGCAACAGUUGCCAAACUCGGCCGCACUUAACCUAAGCUCUCGUAACACUAGUGCCAACAGUACCGGCAAUAAUAACAUUAACAACAAUCUAAUUAAUAACAACAAUACCUCAAUUAAUAAUAAUAAUAAUAAUAUAUCAGCAAAUAUAUCCAACAAUAAUAAUAAUAAUAUUGCAAACAAUGACGACUCUACCGAUGAUGACGACGAUGAAGACGAUGUCGAGAGCAAUAACAGCAGUAACCACAGCAACAAUCCUGUCAGCAGUUCUGGUUUUAAUGGUAUAAGUUGUGGCAGAGGAACAGCCAGUGAAACGGCAAGCAAUAGGAAUAGCUCGACAACACCUCCACAUACACAACAACAACAACAACAACAGCAACAAAGCCAACAACCGGAACAUUGUUUGGAAACUUUGUUAAGAAAUAUUGAGGGACUUCUUGCCAUUGCUGCACAUAAUGCUAGACAACAACAAACACAAUUGCAUUUACAAAAAGCUGAGCUGAGGGCUGAACUGGCGGUUCAACUGGAAAGGGAACGGGAGAUGAGAGAACAUUUGGAAAAACAAUUAAAUGAAGAACAAAAAAUCAGAAUGUUAUAUCAGAAGCGCUUCAAAAAAGAGCGUCGAUUUCGUCGAAAACUGGAACAGGAGUUGCAAUCAAAACAUUUAAACCAUCAAAACCAGCAACAGAUGAAUCAAAACAAACAAAACACACAACAAGUUUCACUUAAGUCUUCACCCACUCCUCCGCCACAAACACCAAAACAACUGACAGAAGUCAUCGAUUAG